AUGGGAAUCAAAUCCAAAAGCAGCAGCAGCAGCAGCAGCAGCAGCAGCAGGAGCGUCAGCAGGCGCAGCAGCAACAUCAGCAGAAACAGCAGCAACAGCAGCAAGAACGACAAGAACAGAAGCAGAAGCAGCACAUCAGCAGAAACAGCAGCAACAGCAGCAAGAACGACAAGAACAGAAGCAGAAGCAGCAGCAGAAGACCACUACGUCUAUCUAUGGAUAUCAACGGCAGCAUAUUACAUCCUGAGGCAACAGCAGCAGCAGCUGCAGCAACAACAGCAGCAGCAGUUACCACAGCAACAGCAGCAGCAGCAGCAGCAGCAGCAAGCAGCAACAGCAGCAAACAUACAGGAGACUCUAAUAGAUGGAGAGACAGCCAGGUCAGCAGCCGCCCGUCGCCUGCAGCAGCAGCAGCAGCAGCAGCAGCAGCAGCAGAUGCAGCAGCAGAUGCAGCAACAGAAGCAACAACCGAAGCAGCAACAGAUGCACCAGCAGCAGAAACAGAACGGCCUCCGCCACCUCAAGAUACAAGCAGCAAAACGCAAGGGACAAACGAAAGCAGCAGCAGCAACAACAGCAGCAGCAGCAGCAACAACAGCAGCAGCAGCAGCAACAACAGCGGCAGCAGCAGCAACAACAGCAGCAGCAGCAGCAGCAGCAACAGCAGCAGCACCUGUCCAGGCAAUCGCACAGCAAGAGGAGCAGCAGCAAAAGCUACAGCAGCAGCAGCAGCAGCAUCUACAGCGGCAGCAGCAGCAGCAGCUGCAGCAGCAGCAGCAGGAGCUGCAGCAGCAGCAACACACCGUGCUGAAACUUGAGGGACCGGCAGUCCUCAUAGCAUUCCAUAAGCGGGGGCCCCACUCUCGCCAGCAGCAGCAGCAGCAGCAGCAACAGCUGCAGCAGCAGCAGCACGAGCAGCAGCAACAGCCGCAGCAAGGGCGGCGAAAGGCUAACUGCAGCAGUGACUUCCUUUCAUAUUUCUUUGCUUCCAUUGGUGCAGCAGCAACACAACCGGCAGCAGCAGCAGCAGCAGCAGCAUCCGGAGCAGCAUCCGCAGCAGCAGCAACAGAAGCCUCAGCAGCAGCAGCAGCAGCAGCAGGGGCAGCAGCUGCAUGCGCCGCGAUGCAGCAGCAAGACGUUGACGCUGUCCUGUUGCCCCAAGAUUCCCUCCAAACCAGGUGUUUUAAGGUAUUACAGGGGGCCGAGGAUAGGCAAGAAUGCCAAGACGUUUUAAACGUUCUUCAGUACGUAGUUGCUGCUGGAAGCGCAACACAACAGCAACAGCAGCAGCAGCAGCAGCAGCAGCAGCGGGGCGCUGUUGCUUCUAAGGUCUACGCGACGGAGUCCCCUGGUGCUGCAGUGGAGGAGAUGCAGCAGCCUACGCAGCAGCAGCUGCAGCAACUGCAGCCGCAGAAUAUGUGGUGGUGGGCCGCGCCACCCCAACAGCAGCAGCAGCAGCAGCAACAGCAGCAGCAGCAGCAGCAGCAAGGUGUGCAGCAUCGCUUUGCCUAUGAACCUGCUGCAGUCGGCGUAUAUCAUUACGUCCCCGUUCGCGGUGUUUCAGGGGCCUUAGGAGAAGCAUCACUGCAGCAGCAGCAGCAGCAGCAGCAGCAGCAACCGCAGCAGCAGCAGCAGCAGAUGCAAGGCCCCAUGCACGUCCGUGUGCACAAGCAGGGCAACUGCUUGAUGUGGCUGCCGGCCCGAGACAGCUUCUUUUCUCCUUUGGACCCUCUGCAGCAGCAGCAGCAGCAGCAGCAGCAGCAGCAGCAGCAGCAACAGGUGAUGCGGAAGCAGCAGGAGGUGCAGCAGAUGCCGCUGGAGGAGCAGAAGAAGAUCCUGCAGCAGCAGUGGGAGGCGCAGCAGCAGCUGCGAGUGCAGCAGAAACAGCAGCAGGCAUUUUUGCUGCAGCAGCUGCAGCAGAAGGAGCUCAGAAACCUUCACAUUUAUUCAGAUGGUAUGCAUGCACCGCAGCACAAGCAGCAGCAGCAGCAGCAGCAGCAGCAGCAGCAGCAGCAGCAGGAGCAAGAACAGCUGAAACAGCAGCAGAAACUUGCGGACCCAUACGGUUCAAGUCCUGCAACUGUUGCUGCCGCUGCUGCUGCUGCUGCCGCUGCAGCAGCAGCAGCAGCAGCUGCUGCUGCUGCUGCUACUGAUGGCGAUAGUGAUAGCUGCAGCAGCCAACAGUCUUCAGAUACUGGACCCUGCUGCGGCAUUGGUGCUGCUCUCCCUGCAUUUCUGCAGCAGAAGCUGCAGCAGCAGAAGCCGCAGAAGCAGCAGCAGAAGGCCCGCCAUAAGCAGCAGCCGCUGCAGCAGCCAAAGCAGCAGCAGCAGCAGCAGCAGCAGCAGCGAGAGCCAGAUCUGCUGCUGCAUGUAGCGGAGUGGCCGCUGAAGGUCUCAGGAGACAGGCCGGCUUCACCAGCAGACUUGCUGCUGCAGAAGGUGCAGCAGCAAGAGCUGCUGCUGCAGCAGCAGCAGAUGAUGCUGCAGCAGCAGCAAGCGAAGCAAGCGAUGCUGGAACGCCAGAUAGAAGCGCUGCAGCAGCGGGAACGGCUCGAAGCGCAUCAUGUGCAGCAGCUGGAGCAGGUGCAGCAGGUACAGCAGCAGCAACAACAGCAGCAGCAGCAGCAGCAGCAGCAGGGGCAGUCAGGGCACACGUCUCCGAAAGCCUCCUCCCCCACAAGCAUGCAGGAGGAGCAGCAGGAGGAGCAGCAGCAGGAGAAGUACAAGCAGCAGCAGCAGCAGCAGCAGCAGACAGAUUUCGCGCUGCAGCAGAAGCAACAGCAGCAAGACAGCACCACUGGAUACGAUGCGUCACAGAACAUAUCAACUGGCCAUAUUCAGGUUUCUACUGCAGCAUCUCCCCCUGAGUUGUAUUGGCUUGAUAGCGAGGCAGAGGGGGGCCCCCCGGGGGCCCCUGGGGGCCCCCCUGAGGUGUCUAGACAGCUCACGUGUGAUAUAUAUGAUCUAUCAGAAGAUACAGGGCUGCUGCCGCUGCAGUCUGCUGCUGUUGCUGUUGCUGCUGAUGACUGGCUGCUGCUCACGGGCUCGGGGGGCCCCCCGAGGGGCCCCCGCGUAGUGCAGCUGCAGCAGCAGCAGCAGCAGCAGCAGCAGCAGGAAGAAGAUAGCGGCAGCGUAAUUGAGGCGACAGAUGCAGAUGUAGAGACAGAGACAGAUACAGAAACAGAAAAAGAGACAGAAACAGAGACAGCAGCAAACAUACAGCAGCAGCAGCAGCAGCAACAGCAGCAACAGCAGCAACAGCAGCAGCAGAAAACAGAAGAAGGGACGGUUGCAGUAUACGCACGCUUCGGCCAGGUGGCGCACAGAUAUCUCCGCAGCAUUGACAGAACUGCUCGCUCCAUAGAACAGCAGCAGCAACAGCAGCAGCAGCAUAAGCAGCAGCAGCAACAGGAGAUCGAACAAAUCAGAGAGGCUCGUGCUGGAAGAGUGUUGGCGGAAGCAGCAGCAGAAGCAGCAGCAGAAGCAGCAACACGCGCAGAAACAGCAGCAGAAGCAGCAGCAGAAGCAGCAACAGGCGCAGAAACAGCAGCAGACGCAGCAGCAGAAGCAGCAACAGGCGCAGAAACAGCAGCAGAAGCAGCAGCAGAAGCAGCAGCAGAAGCAGCAGCAGAAGCAGCAGCAGAAGCAGCAGCAGAAGCAGCAACAGGCGGAAAAACAGCAGCAGAAGCAGCAGCAGAAGUAUCAGCAGGCGCAGACACAGCAGCAGAAACAGCCGCAGGAGCAGCAGCAGCAGCAGGAGAAGCAGCAGAAGCAGCAGCAGAAGCAGCAGGCCCAGACACAGCAGCAGAAACAGCCGCAGGAGCAGCAGCAGAAGCACCAGCAGAAGCAGAAGCAGCAACAGAAACAGCCGCAGGAGCAGCAGCAGAAACAGCAGCAGCAGCAGGAGCAGAAGCAGCAGCAGAAGCAGCAGGUUCUUCUUUUGACAUAUGA